AUGCUCCACUACCUGCUCUUGGUGCUGGUGCUGAUGCUGGUGCUGGUGCUGGUGCUGGUGCAAUUCGUGCUAUGCGAUUCGUGCUGUGCACCCAGACGAAGACGCGGACCGUCUCUAGUUUGCGAUGCAAUUUUUUUUCCAGAGUUAAACCCUACUAUGUACUCCUGUUCUUCCGGUCAAACGCCCACUUUUCAGAUUUUCAAACACUUGCCGACUUUAAUGUGUUUGAGGCAAAUUGCCUACGCCUGUAAUGAAGCCGGUGUUGCAUCUAGCGAGUUGCCGUCUACCGAGCUCUUCGGACCAUGA